AUGGUUUCCCAGUAUUUCGUGACGGUACACACCUGGGUUCCUAUCAUUUCGCGAAACAGGAUGUAUGGAUCCCUGCUCUUGAAACCGUUUCCCCAACUGGACCCAGAUAUCGUGCUCCUUCUUCUUUGUAUGAAGCUAGUAACCUAUUCCCCGCUGUCACCAUCGGCCGAUAACGGCAGUUGUGCGAUGCCCCAUGACAAUGAUGGUGAUCCGUCAAUGGAAGAUGACCUUUAUACUCUUACCAAACGGUUUCAAUUGAUGGUCGAAGACUCGGGUUGCCUUUCUAUUCAUGUUGUUCAAGCGGGCAUUUUGAGGGCCGUGUAUGAGAUGGGGCACGCCAUCUACCCGGCCGCAUUCCUCACUAUCGCAGCUUGCGCACGGUAUGGUGUGGCCUUACGAAUCGACCAAGAACAAAAGUUGCAAGACGGUGAGGGUGAUUGGCUGGAAAGAGAAGAGGCGAAUCGAGUGUGGUGGGGAAUUCUCAUCAUUGACCGUCGAGGCUCCCGGCUAUGUACCUCAGAUCCGACCAUGAAUUCUAUCCUGCCAAUUGAUGAUGACGACUGGGACCGCGGCGAAACGGAAGAAGAGAAGUGA